AUGACUGGAAGACACUCUCAAGGUCAAGACCUGAUACCGUUUGAUCUUGAGAUUGAAAGAACAGUUAGGAAACGAAAAGACAAAUUCACUCACUCACUGGAACAACAAAAAGACGGAGGUUCCGUUGAAAAUAUAAACGAGAAGAGUGACAAGAACGUUGGGGAACAACAAUUAACGCAAGAGGAAGCAAUGGAACGAACACAACCUGCUCGAGCUACGAAGGAGUACUCCAUCCUAACUCUUUCUAACACUCUGUCAUGUAUUGUAAUACCAGAAGUUGAAGCAAAUUCAUUUGAACUUAAGUCUGGAAUGAUUCAUUUGUUACCAUCUUUCUAUGGCAAGUCGAACGAAGAUCCUAACAUGCAUAUUCGGAAAUUUUUUGACAUUUGUGGCACCAUUAAGAUCCUAAAUGUCUCUGAUGAAGUAGUUAGGCGGAAAUUGUUCCCAUUUUCAUUAAAGGAUAGAGCCAAAGCUUGGCUUCACUCACUACCAGCUGAAUCCAUUACUUCAUGGGAGGGUUUAGCUCAAAAAUUUCUCCAAAAAUUCUUCCCUCCCCAGAAAACGAAUCAGCUUAGAAGAGAUAUCAUGCAUUUUAGUCAAGGAGAGCAUGAGCCAUUCUAUGAAGCUUGUGAGCGAUUUAGAGAAUUGCUGCAAAAAUGCCCUCAUCAUGGCAUUAUUGAUUGGAUGCAAAUGCGCUUCUUUUAUGAAGGACUUACGACUGCAAACAAACGAAUGGUUGACUCUGCAUGUAGAGGUGCAUUGAUGGAGAAGACACCUCAAGAAGCAUUUGAUCAAUUUGAUUUGCUUGCCAAUAAUAAUCAACAAUGGGGCAGUGAGCGGACAAAGAAGGCAGGAGUUCAUAAAGUUGACACCAACACUGCGGUUGUUGCUCAAACUUCAAGCCUUGAGAAAAAACUUGAAACUCUUAUGCGUGCUGUUAUUCCAUCUUCCCCACAACAAGUUUGCGCCAUUUGUUCAGACCCAACUCAUCCAAUGGAACUUUGUCCAUCUACUACGCAAGGUUUUGAGCAAGUUCUCCAAGUUAAUUCAUUUCAGCGACCUCGGAAUGAUCUAUAUUCGAACACCUAUAAUCCAGGGUGGCGUAACCACCCAAAUUUUUCAUGGAGCAACUAG